AUGCGUGGCGUGUGCGUUCGCGUUACGGGACGAGACCCGCGGCAGUCCCUCGCCCCCGGCUGGCCCGCCCGCCUGCACAAGGAUGGGGCGACGUGGGUGGGCGCCUCGGGCGUGGCCCUCGCCCCCGGGCCGGCCGACGGCGGGGCAGAGCUGGUGGUCACCACCGGGACCGUGCUCGUUCCCUUCAUGACCACCCCCACCGCCAUAGAUGCCUCGUCGUCGCCGUGGUCGUCGUCGCCGGCGCUGGCAGCCGGCACGCGCGUCGAGGUGCUCCUGCCCGACGCCGGCGAAGUCUGGCGCGAAGCCCGACUCGAACGUGUGUACUGUCCCAGGGAGGCGGUGGAGGCGCUGCUGCAGUUGACCGGCGGCCGAGACCAGUCCACGUGGGGCCUCGGCUGGCGCGAGGGCGAUGGGCUGCACGUGUACGGGUCGCCCUACGGGCUGCUGGCGCCGCACGUGUUCUUCAACUGCCUGGCGACGGGCGUGGUGAGCGGCCGGCUCGAGGCCCCGCCACCGCUGGUCCACGACGACCACCACGACCACGACCACGGCCACGACGACGACGACCAGGCGAAGAAGUCGGCGCAGCCACAGCCGGCGACGCGGUUUCCGCUGCUGCUCACCGACGCGCGGUGCAUCCCGGGGUGCGAGGGCGGCCCGGCCUUCAACGACCAACGCCAGUUCGCGGGGCUGAACCUCAUCAUCGCGGCGGACGUCGCCAUGUCGAUCGUGCAGCAGCACCACCUGGCGGCCGCCGCCGCGAGGGGCUCGACGGCCGCGUCGUCGUCGGUGAUGCGGUCGGUGCCGCCGCGAGAACGGAAGCCGACGGAGCCCUCGGCUGCAGUGCGACGCGCGCAGAAGUCGCUGGUGCUGCUGGAGGUCGGCAACUCGUGGGCGUCCGGCAUCGUGCUCUCUGCGACCGGCUAUAUAUUAACGAACGCCCACGUCGUGCGCCCGUACUUGAGUGCGAUAGAGGACUCGGUGCUGCAGGCGGGCAUAUCGGUGCGGGUGCGCGUGGAAGACGACCAGCACUCGGCCGGCUAUUCCUGGCUCAAGGCCGACCUCGUCUUCGCCUCUUCGUCCUGCAUCGACGUGGCACUGCUGCGGCUGAAGAAUGACCGAAAGUGGCCCCCGCUCGUGCCAGCGAGCUUCGCCCAGCAAACGCCCCGCGUGGGUGACAGCAUUUUCGUCAUCGGCUACCCGCUCUUCUUUCCCUCCAUCGGCCAAGGGUGCCUGUGCACCGGUGGCCAAGUGGCGAAGGUGGUGACGACGAGCGACGGCAAGCCGGGCGCCAUCCAGACCACCGCGGCGGUGCAUAACGGCAACAGCGGCGGCGCCCUCAUCAACAAUGCCGGACGUGUGGUGGGGAUGGUGACGUGCAACAUGCGGCGGAAGGGAACCGAGGACGAGGCCGCCGGGGUCAUCAUCCCGCGGCUCAACUUCUCCAUCCCCGUGCACCUUCUCGCCCCCGUCCUCUCCUUCAUCCGCGACCCUUCGUCUUCCGAUGCACGGGUGGCGCUGGCGCCACUCAACGAGGCGGGGCGCGAGCUGGAUGAGGUGUGGAAGCUACAGCGGCUCUCGGCCUUCCCGUCCCUCCCGCCCGACAGCAAAUUCGGCCGCUUCGUACGCGCCUUCGCCCCCGACCCUCGCACCGCCUCCACCACCACCACCACCCCCUCCAGCUCGGCGGCGGCCGACGACUCCCCUCCCGCCCGCGGCCCACCCUUCGCUUCUUCCCUCUGA